GAAUGCAAACGUAACGCGAUCGUACUUCCGGGGAAACGUCCCGGGACCCAAGAUCAUUCACAGCUUUGACUUCGACCACGACGACCCUCUGAACGAAUUUCUAUAGUAUUAGUCUGCCGUGUUAUUGACUCCAAACCUGCUGGGAAGGUUGUUUGUCUAGGCUAAUUGCACACCGGAGACCAUUAUGAGUGCAACAUCUCCAGUAACUGCGGACUUCUCGUCACCGCCGUUGAAACGUAGCAAGAUCGUGCUACUUGGAGACCAGAGUGUAGGAAAGACCAGUCUUAUUACAAGAUUCAUGUAUGACACCUUCGACAACACGUACCAAGCAACCAUCGGCAUCGAUUUCCUGAGCAAAGCAAUGUAUCUUGAGGACCGAACGGUGCGGUUACAGCUAUGGGACACUGCGGGCCAGGAACGGUAUCGCUCACUAAUCCCGUCAUAUAUUCGAGAUUGCUCAGUUGCGAUUGUUGUAUUUGACAUCACAAACCGCCAGUCGUUCCUGUCGACAUCGAAAUGGAUUGAUGACGUCCGGUCAGAGAGAGGAAACGAUGUUAUCAUUGUAUUAGUGGGGAACAAGGCCGACCUUUCUGACAAGCGACAGGUAACUCUCGAGGAGGCGAACGCGAAAGCCACGGAGCUCAAUAUCAUGUUCAUGGAAACGUCAGCAAAAGCGGGACAUAACGUUAAGAGCUUGUUUAAGAAGAUCGCUAUGUCACUGGUAGGUAUGGAGAAAGAAGGUGAAGCCGCUGAGCAACAAAACACCAAUUUCGGGACAGAAAUUGACGUUACCUCACCAACAACGAACGAGGUACCUGAUGCAUCACAAUGCAACUGCUGAAUAUGUAGCGCGUUUAUUGGAGGUGAUUAGGGUGACUCUUCAUUUGACAUGCCCUGAUGGAGGGUAUAUCGUUUACCAUUUGCGCCGUUUUACCAAGGUUUCACUCGUUUUCUGCUUGUUUGUAACUUCAUAGAUUACUUCUCUCGAUAUUUUCUCUCAACUGGAUGUACGAAGUAAAACCGAGAGCUCAUCAGGCCAUCUUUAUUGACGGAACUUGAAAGCUCGUAUGGGUCCGACAUCAGUUGUCGUUUGGACACUCUGGCCAUUCAUGGGAUUUGUGCAACUUGCUCUCGGUGCCCAAUUUGGUUUUCCGCUAGCUUUCUCCGUUUCUAGGCUUUUCGUCUUUGCGAACCACCUCAAUCUACUAUUCCAUAUAAACAGCAAUGGUUUGAGUGAUAAUUGUGACUAUGAAGACAUAUUGGUCAGUUGUUGCACUGUAAGUGUUGCUUAGCUAGUUCUUCUAUGUCCAAAUGGAUGUUCUUAGAAUUCGUAGU